AUUUCUUUUUUCUGCUACCCAAACCAGUACACAUUCUAAUAAUAUUCUCCCAAAUCACCCCCUUCCUACUUUUUUUGAAUUCUUGAAUACGUGCUCGCCUUGAUGCACGGCUGUCCCCAUCUUCUACUCACUACUUCUACUACUGCUUUGCCAUAUCAAUUCUCUCAAUAAUAACCCACAAAAAAGCUUCUUUGUCUUUUUCUUUUGGUUUAGUCAAAUUUCUUGGUACCAACUUAUAUUGAAUGAGGGCCUAUUUAUUUCCCCAUUUCUCUUUCAACAAACUCAUGUUUUGUUAUAUAUCUAAGUUGGUGUCAGUUUCAUUGCUCUACUAGGAUAAAAUAAAAUUCACAGGUUAGAACUGAUUACCAGUUACUGAAUGGAGACACUAAAUUCACCAGCUACAAUGACCUUUCCCAGAGAGCCAGCCAACUUUGAUGAAGUUUCUAUGCAUCAAAGCAUGCUCUUUUCUGAUAGUCUUAAGGAUUUGAAGAAUCUGAGGCAACAACUUUACACAGCAGCUGAAUAUUUUGAAUUAUCUUACUCUAAUGACGAGCAAAAGGAUGUUGUGAUAGAUACGUUGAAAGAUUAUGCCAUUAAAGCACUUGUGAACACCGUGGAUCAUUUAGGCUCUGUGACAUAUAAGGUCAAUGAUCUCUUGGAUGAAAAAGUUGAUGAAGUUUCUGGAACAGAGCUGCGUAUAUCUUGCAUUGAGCAGAGACUAAGGACAUGCCAGGAUUACAUUGAUAACGAGGGCUUGUUGCAGCAGUCAUUGGUUAUUCAUACUCCUAAGUAUCACAAGCGAUAUAUAUUACCAGUUGGCGAGACAGCGAAUGGUGCUAAUCUCACCACCAAAAUAAAGUACCAAGGGUGUAGUCUUGACGAUCAAGAUGAUUGGAAUCAAUUUAGAAAUGCUGUGCGAGCAACAAUUAGAGAGACUCCACCAUCUACAGCUGGGAAAGGAUUCUCCCCAUCACCUUCUCCACGACUUGUUCAGCAGUAUGGAAAAUUUUCAUUCUCCGGAACAACCACACCGAAAAAGGAAUUAGACAAGCGAACAGUUUCACCACAUCGGUUUCCUCUGUUACGAACCGCAUCUCUUGCUAGUCGGCCAACCACCCCCAAAAGUUCUAGGCCAACCACCCCAAAUAAGAGUCGGCCUACUACUCCAAACCCUUCCAAUGGGAGACGGUAUGCUGCAGAGCCUCGUAAAUCAGCUUCAAUGCGGCUUCAUGUGGACAAUAUAAACACCAAAGAUCUUGAGCAACAUGCCAGCAAAAGUAAACGUCUGCUUAAAUCUUUGCUCAGUCGACGCAAAUCAAAGAAAGAUGAAACGCUAUAUACAUAUAUAGAUGAAUAUUAACAGUAACAAGUUCAAAGAAAAAUGUGACUAAAGGAGGUGGAUGUGGUAGCACUUGCAGCUGGAAACCAGGAACAUGCUUUAUUGUUACUAUAUUACAUUAGUGCUUACCCUUCUCCAGUUGUAUACAGAAAACCAGGGACAGGCUUUUUUAUUGGUGCACUGCUUACCUUUCCUCAAUUGUAUAUUAAAUUUUGGCAAUGUAUUGACAGUUCGUAAACGCAAUUAUAUAAUAUUGAUUAGUGGUCC